AUGGCCGUCGACGCGCUCCCUGAGCCCAGCGCCCAAGACUCGCCGUACGUCGAGGUGCGCACGCCCAAGGCAAGUGAUGGCCCCACGGACAAGUCGGUGCCGCUGUCGUCGACCUUCUGGAGCAGUCUCUGGGUGCUGCUACUGCUCCCGUUCCAGUUCGGCUGGUCCGUCGGCCAGCUCAAUCUCACGGCCUUCAACAACGAGGACGACUGCAACGCGCGGCCCGUAGCGGACGGCACGUGCCUCAUGUUCCCGGGCCACUCCAAGACCGAGUGGACCCUCGUGGUCAACGCGUGGAUCGUCGGCGGCAUGAUCGGCAGUCUCGCGUGCGGAGCCAUCUCGGAGCGCUACGGCCGCAAGAAGGUCCUGCUGGCCAACGCGCUCAUCAUGCUGGCCGGCGCAGUGAUCCAGGCCAGCACGUCGAGCAUCUCCGCCUUCAUGGUGGGCCGCAUCGUGGCCGGCGUGGCCUCGGGCUGCGCCACGGGCAUGGUGGGCGGCUACAUCAGCGAGAUUUCGCCUCCGAGCCGCCGCAACUCGUACGGCACCUUCAUGCAGGUAUCGCUCACAGGCGGCAUCUUGGUGGUGACCGUCUUCUUCUUCUUCCUGGACACGAGCAGCGGCUGGAGGUACAUCGCCGCCUCCCCCGUACUGAACGCGGGCUUCUUCUUGGCGCUCGCGCCGUUUGCACUGGUGGAGAGUCCCGCGUGGCUGCUGGAGAAGGGCGACCGUGAGCGCGCGGAGCAGGAGAUCGCCAGACUCUACGGCCACGAAUACGUGCAGCUGGCGCUUUCGUGGAUGGAGCCAAGCGCCACUACCGACCUUGAGUCCGAGCCCCAGUCCGAGGACCAGCAGCGUGGUGGCAGCGUGCUCUCACAGCUCGUGUCCCCGCUCUUUAUCCGUCAGCUCCUUGUGGCGCUGGGAGUAUCGGCCGCGCAGCAGCUUACGGGUGUGAACGCAGUGUGCUACUACUCGUCCGACAUCUUCACAGAUGCAGGGAUCUCCGACGGCCGCGUGGGCGGUGUCAUCGUCUACGUGCUGAUGCUCAUUCCCACGAUGAUGGUGGCGCGGUUGUCCGAGCGCUUUGGCAACCGAAAGCUGCUGCUCUGUGGGCUGGCGGGCAUGUUUAUCAGUGCCACGAGCAUUACCAUCUCGCUGGCGUUGUCGGCGCAAGCUCUCUCCAUCGUCUUCACGGGCACAUUCGUGGCCUCGUUCUCCGCGAGUGUCGGCCCGCUCAUCUGGCCCAUCACAGCGGCGCUGUUCACGGACUCGGUGCGCGCGACCGCCGUCUCCAUGUGCAUCUUCAUCAACUGGGUCUGCAACUUGCUCAUCGGCGUCUUCUUCCCGUACAUUUCGGACGCGCUGGACUCGUACAAGUUCGUGCCGUUCAUGGCGACCACGGCCGCGUUCUUCCUGUUCACGCACUUCUGGAUCCCAGAGACCGCUGGCAAGACGACGGAGGAGAUUCAGGCCACGUUUCAUUCGCGUGGCUAUCAGAAGAAGCCCGACAUCUCCAGCUAA